AGUUCAGAUUAAUUCGAGCACUAUCAUCUUUGGUUUGAUAGGUUUAUUUGGUGUUUGAUCUCAUAUUAUUAAAAUGAAGGUGUUUAUACCUCUCCUGUGUAUUGUGGCGCUGGCAAUCGCCGAACCACCAGUCGGCGACGGCUACGCAUCAGCACGCUCCAGCCAUCACGACCACGACCAUGGUCACGACCACAGCCUAGACUUCCAAAGAUCUCUGUCCCAAGAGUACGGACCUCCCACCUCCCGGUCUUUUGGAACCUCCCGUAACGCCCUCUCAACUGAAUACGGACCUCCGAACGCAAGAUCAAGCUCAAGAUCUGGUCUAUCCCAGAGUUACGGAGUUCCGAGCGCUCGUAGCAGUCUUUCGCAAGAAUAUGGAGUUCCAAAUGCUAGGAGUAGCAGCCAGUUUUCGUCUUCUCGGAGCCUUUCAACUGAGUAUGGUCUACCCAGUUCUAGAAGCUCACCGUCUACUGAGUAUGGAGUUCCUAGCUCUCGUUCUUCGCUGUCUACUGAAUAUGGAGUACCAAGUGCACGUACCCCUUCUUCCGAAUAUGGAGUACCGAAUUCCCGAUCUUCCCCUUCUGCCGAAUACGGAGUUCCCAGUUCCCGGUCCUCCCCCUCAACGGAAUACGGAGUCCCCAAUGCAAGGAACAGCCCAUCUGAGCAGUAUGGAGUACCUGCAGCCAGGAACUCUUUGUCUGAAGAAUACGGCGUGCCAGCUGCAAGGAAUUCGCUCUCUCAAGAAUACGGUGUACCAUCUUCAAGGUCUAACAUCGAUGGGAGGACGCCAUCCACUCAGUAUGGACCCCCUGAAUUUCGCUCCACACCCUCUGAAGAAUAUGGAGUACCUUCCCAAAGAAGCUUCGGUGCCCGCAAUCCUUCUCAAAAAUAUGGCCCACCGACUUCAAGAAAUUCUCCCUUCUCGCCGAAUGCUUUGUCUCAAGAAUAUGGUGUUCCAUCAACAAGAACUGCUGAUGCUAAAAGCUUUACUACGCCCAAAAGCAUUGCAAAGUCCUUUUCUGCCUCAUCACGGUCAUUCAAAUCCCAAUCAUCUCGUUCUUUUGGUUCCCGUACACCAUCAACCAGCUACGGUCUCCCCAGUGCAAGGAAUUCUGAUUCUUAUUCCCAGGGUGCUAAGGCUCCUUCUCAAUCGUACGGUGCGCCAGCUCGUGAUGUGUCAGAUACGUAUGGAGUGCCUAGUGCGAGGGGUUUGUCUCAGGAGUACGGUGUGCCUGCGAUUCGGGCUGCGGUCCAGAAGACUGGUGCUGUCGCUUCGUCUUAUGCUGAUGCUGCUGCCAGGUCUCCUCCAUCAGACACAUACGGGGUCCCUGCAGCUCGCGACUCGAUGCCGUCAGACCAGUACGGAGUUCCUGACCAGUACAACAACCAGAACAACCAGGGUUACUCUUACGCCAGGGAUGCUCUCAACGAACUCUUGAACCAGGAGCCAGCUAACUACGACUUCGCAUACAAAGUGAAUGACUUCGAGUCAGGCAGCGAUUUCGGGCACACGGAGACGAGACAGGAGAACAGGGCUGAAGGGUCCUACUUCGUGGUGCUGCCUGAUGGUACCAAGCAGACUGUGGAGUACGAGGCAGAUGAGCGUGGCUUCAAGCCGAGGAUCUCCGUGGAACCUGCAGACCUUGGACGUUCGGGCUACGAUGAUAAUGCAGCUGACCUCGCUAGGUCUGGUGAUGGACCUUAUUGAGUAGAGUAUAAGGGUUAUUUUGCAAUGGUGGAAUGAGAAGUAUUUAGUGGAAGAAAUAGAUUGGUUUCAUGUAUGGUCGCUUAAUAGAUAGAAUAGUUUUGUUUUUGAAACUUGUAAAUGAAAAUUGU